AGAGGAGAAACCUUGAAUGAAAGAUCAGUAGAACUCAGAGCGCACAGACGCAGCAGCCUGGGAUAGACUGCAAAUAAACAAGUCAUGUUACAUUACUAAACUUUCUUUAUUGACGAGGAAUCAUUUCUGUCUCUUUUGACAAAAAAAGAGACAAGGAUUACGAGGAUAAUUUUUUGACAAAUCCACCAUCCCACUCAAGCUCUCCAUGUGAUGCCUCACUUUUGCGCAACAGGUUUGGAGACAUAAACAUUUACCAGCAUCAGCUCCUAUCAAUGUAGGAAGAAGCAUGCUGUCCCCGUGUUGGCCCUUUGGCACCGAACAGGAGAUCAACUCAUGGGAUGUAGUAUAUGCAGAGUCAGGGUCAACUUUGGCAAGGUGCUCUCCAAAGUCUCGGUGUUUUUUACCAUGGUCCUGAUCUUCACCUACUUUUUCUACUGCCUAACCGGAUUCUGCGAUUCGGCUCCAAGAAGUUUAUACAGCCAACAAGCUUCAGACUAUGACAUUCUGGGCGAUCAUCGCCGCGUUUUGGACGAGUUGCGACCAUCAUCGCCGCGUCUCCUCCCAGACGCGCCGUCUCACCGGAACCGCACAGCCUCCGCGGACGCAGAACAGGUGGACGCGCCUGCACAGUUGCCUCAACACAUGUCGGACAGCGCAAAGGAAAGCGCCCAGAACAACGGCAUCCCUGUGUCCAACACUUUCGGGACCAAAAGGUUUCCGCAGGCGAUUAUAAUCGGCGUGAAGAAAGGAGGAACCCGCGCCCUGCUGGAGUUUCUCCGCAUCCACCCGGACGUAAGAGCGGUCGGUACGGAGCCUCACUUCUUCGACAGGUUUUAUGACAGAGGACUCGAGUGGUACAGGAACCUGAUGCCUCGGACACUGGAUGGCCAGAUCACGAUGGAGAAGACCCCCAGCUACUUUGUCACAAAGGAGGCUCCUAGCCGUGUCUGCAUUAUGAACUGCCAAACCAAGCUCAUUGUUGUGGUUAGGGAUCCUGUGACGCGGGCUGUAUCUGACUACACCCAGACACUGUCCAAGAACCCAGGCCUUCCAUCCUUCCAGAGCCUGGCUUUAAAAAACUCCACCACAGGUCUGAUUGACACCACCUGGAGCGCUGUGCGCAUCGGCCUCUACGCCAAACAUCUGGAAAACUGGCUACAGUACUUCCCCUUGUCUCAUUUUCUGUUUGUUAGCGGUGAGAGGCUGGUGUCUGAUCCGGCAGGGGAGAUGGGCCGAGUUCAGGACUUCCUGGGUCUGAAAAGGGUUGUUUCAGACAAACACUUCUACUUCAACCAGACCAAAGGUUUUCCCUGCUUGAAGAAGCCUGAAGGGAGCAGCAGACCUCGCUGCCUUGGUAAGUCUAAAGGCAGACCUCAUCCCCAUAUCCCAUCCGAGAUCCUACAGAGGCUCAGAGACUUCUACAGGCCCUUCAACCACCGUUUCUACCAGAUGAGUGGACAAGACUUUGGCUGGGACUAAUAGGGAAGAUUCCUGUCAUAGCCCAGAUAAAAGCCAGUUUUACUGUAAUGCUCCACAGGACUAACGUUCUCAGGGAUCGGGUAGAGGAAAACAAAGUCCACCAAUUUCUGCCUCAGUAUAGACUCAACUUGACAUGCAGCACAUGGAGUGUUACUUUUUUGUUGUAGACUAGAAGCCGACAUGAACACAGUGCUGCCAAUAUGCAAGUUACACACAUGGUUAAUGGCUUAUUUAUUAAACCAAUAAAAUAUUAAUGUUAAGCGGAAGUUAGAGGCAAAGUACAUACCAAAGGGAUGGAAAAAACAUUGCCUUUGAAUAUCAUUUUUGACUUUUGUUUAUAAAAUAAGCUGAUAUUUAUAGUUUCUGUUGAUUUGAAAUACAACAGUUACAGAUUAAUUUUAUGAAAGACAUGUAUUUAUUACACGACAAGGCAAGACAUAAAACUGAAUUAUGUUUUCAUUGACAGGACAUUGGAAAAAAUGUCAUACUCCAUGAUACACCACUCUCUUCUUAAUUAUUAGCAGUGUUACUUUGACUGCAUAAUGUUUUCAUUAAAUUUUCUGUUUCCAAAUGUCCUUUGAAAUGCUACAUAUCUUAAUUUGAUGUUGCAGGGUAUUUCUCUGUACGUUGCAGUUGAUAUACCAAUGAUACCUCAUCUGUAAAUAUUAAAUGUGUUACGAUGAUCAGAAACCAAACAUACACACAUUCCAUUUGUAGAUAUUUUUCCUCUGAAAGACACACAUAUUUUAAUUGCCUUGAAUAGUACUAACUGUAUCCACUGGUACUCACUUAAAUAAAUUACUGUUUUGAUCUGUGAUUGUUUUCAACUAUUUAAAACUCUAUAUGUAAGGUACACAAAAGCACAGUGGUGUGUUUAAAACUGUAGCUAUGAUGCUUUGUGUUGUGAAGUAAAGCUGUAUCUGACAUGAAA